AUGCAGUCCUUACAGACUCUCCAGCCCUUACAGGCCUUUGAGCUAUGUAAACACUCUCUUUUGAUCGACAGUAUUCUGCCUAUCAUGGACUCGAUGAGUGAAGGAAUAAAAACCCCUGCUGGUCAGGACUUUACAUGCGAUAUCUGUAAUACCGAUUCCUACAUUGAGGUUCGGGUUGCUGAAGACAGUUCUACGAUGACCAUUGUCAUGACAAGAUGGUUCAACCUAGGGCCUGGCCUUACUCAAGAUGAUGAGUUAUGGAGGACCCAUAUUGAACUGAUCCCUUUUUGGCAAGCUAAGGUUCCAAAUGAUAAUCACUACACAAAUCCUCGAUUUUACUUUGAAGGCAUAAUGGCUUCCAAAUCAUUCAAGGAGUUGGAGUCUCGCAACCUCUCCUAUCUUAAAAACAACAAAUACAAAACAUUCAUGUCUCCUGAGCAUAUUACGGGAAUUGGAUGGCCUGAACUGUGGCACACUGUGUUCGAAGAGCCUCCUGAGAGCAAAGAGAGGCCGAAGAUGAGGGAGCUCAAGUGGCUUUCAUUCCUACUACGCUUUUUGAAGAAGGGUCGAAGGUGA